AUGUCAAACAACAGAUCAAGAGGAAGUGGAAGUACUUCAACAACAUCAACUUCAUCAACACAAACAAACAAUCAGAAUAACAAUAAUGAAUCCAUUGCUAUACUUGGUUGUGGAAAUAUUGGACUGUCAAUUGCCCAUGGACUGGUCAACUCGGGUCUGUACUUGGCAAAGAAUGUCAUCUUGACAAAGAGGAACCCAGAGUCCCUGGAAAAGACCAUGUCGCCAUUGGGCUUUGCUGUGAUGUCUGAUAACGCCGCUGCCGUGGCCAGGUCCCGUGUGAUCCUGGUGUGCGUCACGCCCGCCCAGCUCGACAGCAUACUCGCCAUCAUCCGUCCGUCAAUCGACCCCCUGCGCCACAUUGUCAUCAGUGUGGUGAGUGGCGCAUCCAUCUCCGACAUCACCUAUAAGCUCGGACGUCCAGACAUUGCUGUGGUGCGCGCCAUGCCAAACACCGCCAUCCAGUACUGCCAGUCGAUGACGUGCAUUGCCGUGCGCGGUGUCAACCACGAGAUGGGCGCCUCCGACUUGGAACAGCGUCGCGACGACGCCCUGGCCACCUGCGAGCGAAUCUUCAACGUGCUAGGCAUCUGCAUCACGCUCAAGGAGGAGCAGAUCGUGCCGGCCACCGCGCUAUGCGCAUGUGGCAUUGCAUUCUUUGCGCGUGCCAUCCGUGCUGCAUCGCAGGGUGGUAUUGAGAUUGGAUUCCACGCCGAGGACGCCAUCAAGAUCGCCGCACAGACCGCCAAGGGUGCCGCUGUGCUGUUGCUCCAGGGUCAUCAGCAUCCCGAGUACGAGAUCGACAAGGUAACCACUCCCCAAGGCUGCACUAUUGCUGGUCUGAACCAGAUGGAGCACAGUGGAUUCUCUUCUGCCAUGAUCAAGGGUAUUGUAACGUCCGCUGAGAAGGCUGCCUCGCUCUACAGUUCAAAGAGGCAAUCACAGAAACCACCCCAACAUCAACAGCAACAGUCGCAACAGCAGCAACAGCAUGUUCAAGCUCCACAACAACACUACCAACAACCUGCUCCCCAACCCCAGGUACAACAUCAACAACAACUACAACAACAUCAUGUUCCAGAGCAGCAACAGCAACAGCACCAACCACAACAACAAAGGGAACAGAGAGGACAAGGACAAGGACAGGGACAUGGUCAUGGACAUGGUGGUCAUGGACAAGAAAAGAGACAGAGCAAUGGUAAUUGGUCAAGAGAACAACGUCAGGAGAACGAUGACAACAACAAUAACCAGGACACAAAGAGAAGAUCUCAACAAAACCGUGGUGGCGGUGGCGGCGGAAAGAGACGUGAUGAUCACUACCAGAGACAGGAGGAGGAUCAUCGUCAACAGCCAAAGCUAGAUAUGGAUCAUGUCGAUAGUGCUCUCAGACAGACAAAUGAGAAAAGGAUGCAAGACAACAGGGACAACAGGGACAACAGAGACAAUAGAGACAACAGAGACAACAGAGACAACAGGGGCCACCAAGACAGCCGUGAAAGAGGAUCACACCGUGGUGGUGGCGGUGGAGGAGGUGGCAAGGGAAACAGAUCGCAUUCCAACCAGAAUGGACAUUCGCAUGCCGAGCCUCAACAACAGAAGGAGCAACAAAAGACGAAUGAGCCAGCACCAGCGCCAGUAGCCGCGCCACCUGCAACAGCAGUAGCAGCAGCUGCCAAAUAA